AGCUUAUCAUAGAAAAUGUUAAUUUUGAACGAAAUUGUCAACAUCUGGUCUGUUGUACUGCUUUUGAUAGCUUUAGGAACAAUCAGUUUUACGCAUUAUUCUUAUAGGUGGAGGAACCCGAAGUGUAAAAAUGGAAAACUCCCGCCUGGAUCAAUGGGAUUGCCUUUAAUAGGAGAGACCAUUCAAUUCUUGAUCCCAAGUUACUCCUUGGAUACGCCACCUUUCAUAAAGAAGAGAGUUGCCAGGUACGGCAAGUUGUUCAAAACUAGUUUGGCAGGUAAAAAGAUGGUUUUAACGACAGAUCCUGAGAUCAGCAACUAUGUAUUCAUGGAAGAAGGGAAGUCGGUGCAUUUGUGGUACAUGGACUCAUUUGAUAACUUUCUAGGAGCGGCUCUGAUAAACUCAACAGCAACUGCUUACGCUCACAAGUAUCUUAAAAAUCUAUUUCUCAAUCACGUUGGCAAUGAAAGCUUGAAAGACAAGUUGUUUCAUAAAAUUGAAUUGAUGGCGAACGAAGCCUUAAGUUCCUGGUCGACUCAACUUUCUGUUGAAGUUAAGGAAUGCACCGCCAUUAUGAUAAUCGAGUUGGUACUAAAGGAAUUGCUAAGCUAUGAUUCUACUAAGUCUACACAUAAUUUGGUUCAGAUGUUGUCUGAAUUUAUAAAAGGUAUCAUCAACAUUCCUCUUAACGUACCGGGUACUACUUUCCACAGAUGUAUGAAGAACCAAAAGAAAGUGCUGGAACUAAUGAAGGACAUCUUACGCGAGAGACAAAACUCAACCGAAGAACGUAAAGGGGAUUUUGUAGAUCAACUCAUCGAUGAUGUUAAAAAGGAGGAAUUCAUGAGCGAAGAAUUAGCAGCUGUUCUAAUGAUUGCAAUUGUUUUUGCUAGCUUUGAAACAGUUUCCACAGCUUUCAGAGUUGCAAUGAUGUUUCUAACAGACCAGCAAGCACCUAUGGUUAUGAAAGAACUACUGAGGGAGCAUCAGACCAUUAUUAAUAACCGAGAAAAUGCUGAUUUUCCACUUACAUGGCAAGAAUACAAAUCGAUGACUUUUACGCCUCAGGUUAUCAACGAAACACUUAGGCUGACAAAUGGUAUACCAGGAAUAGUGAGAAAGGCCACUAAAGAUGUGCAUAUAAAUGGAUAUGUAAUUCCCAAAGGCUGGAUAAUCAUGGUUGUUCAAACAGCAAUACAUAUGAACCCUGACAAAUUUAAGGAUCCUCUCUCUUUUAACCCCUGGAGAUGGAAUAACAUUGGAUCAAAUAUUAUUGGCAAAAGUUUCAUUCCAUUUGGGGGAGGGAAAAGGAACUGUGCUGGCACUGAGUUCACAAAAGUUUUAAUGUCAGUAUUUUUUCAUGUUUUGGUCACCAAAUUCAGCUGGACAAAAGUCAAAGGAGGACAAGCAGUUCGAUGGCCUGGUUUAUCUGUCAAGGAUGGUUUUCAUGUUAAAAUCUCAAAGAAGAAGACUAUAUAACUUUAUCAAGCGAACGGAUCAGGAAAUUUAGCACAGACGACACCGAAUAUGAUUUUACCUUGCGAAUCGAAGUCAUCACUUUACGAUCUUUUAUUUAUUUUUGAUGAACAACUGUGGUUAU